AUGACGACGACGAAUUCUCAGGUGCUAGGCAGCACUGAUCUGGCUGAGCUCUUCAAAGAAGCUCAAGAUACAUUCUUGGCCUCGCUGUCGGAAGAAGAAAGGCGGUCGUUCCCAAAAUGUAGCUCCGCAGAGGAACUAGUAGAGUCAGCACGGAAGCUCGACAUCUUAUCAAGAGGACACCGAGACAGAAAGGCUAUGCUGCGCAAGAUUCAAGCCUUUGGCAACAAACUCAGUCCCUUCUUCGGUAUAAUCGAUAUACUCUGCUCGGCUCAUCCUGAAUGGGCCAACGUCGCCUGGGGUGCGUUUCGCCUUGUCUUACAGAUGUUACUCUGGCUUUUUGCAACCGUACAUAACGAUGAUCUAACAAAAAGACUUAAUCGCCGAGUUAAGCUGGCUAGCAAUUUUGGCACCUUUUUCGAGAACUUGUGUGAAACGCUGGAUCAACUCGCUGCAGAAUUUCCGCAAUGGACCGAAAUUUACAUCAGCCUUGGGCGUGAUAAACAUUCAUUCUCCCAAAGACUACCAGAGGCUCUGGUACGAUUUUAUACAUGCAUGUUCGACUUUUUGCACUCCGUUUCCCGAGUUUUCAUCCGCAAAGAUGGCAAGCCGAAGAAGACGUCGCUCUAUGUUGCGAACAUCAUGCGGCAACCCUUCAGUACAAGAUUCCAGGAUAUUCUUAAGAAGAUGAAAGCUUGUAGAGAAAUUGUUCUGAGUGAACUUAACCUGGCACUCCGCAUACAACUUCGGAACAACUCUCGGCAAGAUUCAGACUAUAUCAAAGAGAAAUUGAAGAAGAUUGACGCACUCUAUGACAAGGUAGUAGAGGUCAAAUCAGAAUUUACCGAAGCUGCCAAGGAAAGAUUCGACCAAACUCUUAGAGGGUGGCUUUCGGCCCCAGCCUAUAGAUCUGCGUUUGACAACGCGAGAGAUAGGAAACAUGAGGGCACCGCAGAGUGGUUGCUUGAUGAGCCGGUGUUUCAAUCCUGGAAUCAGCCCCAUGGUUCCUCUGAUUGCCGCUCUGCGAUGCUCUGGGUACACGGUAAUCCGGGAUCAGGAAAGACGAUUCUGGCGGCGUCUAUUAUAGACCUCUUGCAGGAAAAGCUAUCCGAAAGUGAAUUGGAUUCAUAUGCGGUUUGCUAUUUCUUCUUCGAUGCAACUGAACUGGGAUCGAACACCCGUCUUGGCGCCUAUAGGGCGCUGGCAACACAGAUCUACCAACAACAUGGCGAAAUCGAGCAGGUCCGGGAUAUUUUUGCUUUUGCGGCUCGUAACCGUGUCGAUACGGCGUCCGAAAAGGAACUGCUGGAUAUCCUUCAACUAGCCGUCUCCAUUCUGCCAAAUAUCUUCCUGAUCAUUGAUGGUGUGGAUGAAUGCUCCGAGGAUACGCAACUUGUCAGUGAUCUUCAUCGGCUUUGCGGUAUGUCAAAAGGCCGUGUCGCCUUGUUCAGCCGACCAACUGUUGUCGCCUUACGAUACCCGAAGUCGCCCAUUUCAUCAAUAUCGAUGCUUAAACAUCGAGUAAACAGCGAUAUGGCUAUUUUCUUUACACAAGAGCUUCAGGAUCUCACAGAUUUGGGUCUUUUCCCUCAACACCUUGUCGACGGUGAGAUGUCAUCGAUGGUGAUGCACCUCGUCAGCCGCGCCGAGGGCAUGUUUCUAUGGGCGAGAUUGAUGAUAUUGUAUCUCAGCUCGCCAGCCCUUACUCCAAGACAGAGGUUGGCCAUUGUCCAGCGAGAAACACCAGAGGGCAUCGGUACCUUGUAUGAGAAUAUAUUCAGCAUGAUCAAAAACCAAGACAAGCCCAGCCAAUUACUCGCCCGUCAAGUCUUUCUUUGGUGCACACAUGCCUAUUCCAACCUCACAGCUCAGCAGAUGCGUUGUGUCGUGUCGGAAGGUGGCCUGCAUGGCAAUCCAGAUGAUCUGUUAGUGGACAUUGACCAUGCGGUUAUCAUGUCUUGUCGCGGGCUGAUAGAGAAGCGACUAGACGGAUGCUUUCACUUCAUUCAUAUAACGGCAAAAGACUUUAUAUCCGCGCGAACUAUUGUCUCUUCAGCCGGUGUGGACUUUACCACAUCCGCUUGGAGUGCAUCCUGCGAGAUUACAACUGCAUGCAUCAAGUAUAUGACAUUUGCUAUCCCGCUGCAGCCUCUUUCUACACGCAUGGGCACAUCUGCUGUCCCAGGCGAGUUAAGAGAAUCUUACCCAUUCCUAGAGUAUGCGUCGCUCAAAUGGGCUCACCACCUGAAAUACCUGGUAGAAAAAGCUGAAUAUAGUUCCGAAUUGGACCAACCAGCACAUCUCGCAUCCUUUGAGGCUUGUUUGGAUACUCUAAAGAGAUUCUUAAACCUCAAACUUAAUAUAAUGCUCUGGAUAGAAGCGGUUUAUACUUUCGAAGGAGGGGCUGAGCUGAUUAAAUCAUGUGCAAAGGAGCUGAAAGCGGCCGCCGCAUCACUUGUGAAUCUCCUCACAAACGAUACAUUCACCUCAUCCAGGCUGGAGACCCUUUAUCGCGAUAUCAGUGAAUUUGCCGUUGAUAUCCUUGAAAUAGAGGCAUCGUGGAAUAGUACUCUAUGCAGUCGUCCACAUGAGAUCUGGGGCGACGUGACCCUGUUUACCCAGAGUCGAUUCUUACAACCUACCUCGGCAGCAAGCUUGGAAUGUCUCUCUGCUGGCGGCCAAUCGGGAAAUGGAAAUAGGAAAGCAAGGUUCUCCGUAUCUGAAACAUCAUCUGAUGGGCAACGAAUGGCAGUGCUAAGUGUCUGGCCAUCUGAAUUGUUCGAAAUGCUCUGGACAGGAACUGGGGAAUUCCGAAAUAUCAUGUCAAAUGAUGGCAACCUAUAUGAUCCAUCUAUUCAGUUGGACUUCAAACAGGACCCGUCAUUGAGCCCAAAACUUUGCAAAGGGUGGAAAGCCACGUAUGAGAUAUACCGAAUCGGCGAUAACAGCACCAGAUUGUGCCUCGUAGGCAUACCUCUUGAGGAGGAGGAAGUAUCUAUGCAGCUUCGUCAAUCGCUAAGAGGAUUUAUGAGAAACUGGAAACUGAAUUUCCCACUUGCCAUUAGUCCUAGCCUCUCCGUUAUUACCAUUCUUCGGUCUGUUUACACAGCAAAAGUUGAGCUUUCACGAACAACCAACCAGCUCACCGUACAAGUAUCGACUCCAGCAAUUCUGGACACUAGCCACAUCGACCCGGAUGGAGCUUACUGGUCCGAAAGGCGAGCUCAUUUUGAACUGCCAUAUUUGUACAAUAUCAAGAUUGGCUGCAAUGAUGGGUUCUUAAUAUUUCAGGACGAAGAUCUCGGGUUCAGAUCAAAAAACGACCGCUCAAUAGCCGUUUUUAGUCUAUAUCUCCAACAAGGAGAGCCCGCAGUGCGAUAUAUCGACUGCUUUUCGUAUCGGAUAUCGAUUGCAGGAGGAAGUUUGUGUGUGCUACACAAUCGUUAUCCAAUGGUGCUAUUUGCCGCAUUCAAGGAUCUAUACGCUUGGAAUUUAGAAGCAACCAAACUUGGCCAUCGAUAUUACCUCUCCCCUCAAUGCCAACAUCAAAACGAACGCGAGAUAUACACGAUGUUGACGAUCGAAAUGACCAUUCGAAUGAGGAACAGCCAAAUAAGAAACAACGAUUUGGCGAAUCAUCACAAGCAAUACAGCGGUCGUCUAUAUCUUUUUCUGGAGUCGUAGGAUCUGUUAACGGCAAUAAAGGCCAGAUGUUGUGUCUGGGAAAAGCUGCCUCAAUACGAGGCACAGAUCUCUAUAGUUAUAGAGGAGACGGCAUCGAAAAUGCGCGUUUGCUCUCUACUCCGAGUUCACUAAGCAUUCAUUCAUUUAAGCCUUCGGUACGACUAACAGACUCGAUGGAUGAAAAGACCGUGGUGGUGCUUAACAGGACGCAGCCAUUUUCAUACAGUUCAGACGACAAUGCUGACUUAAAACUUCCAAUUGUCGUGCGGCGAGAUCCAAGAUCAAUUGUCUUUAAUAAGGUAGACCUCAACAGAACAAAUGCUGUUGAGGGUGGACUUCCUAAUAACAUGUUAGAGGAUGUCAACCUGGAUAAUUCUAGUCGUUAAAACCCGUCGUUUCUCUAAUAAAUUAUCGCCAACG